CUGGGCAGCUGGUGGGAGCAUGAACGGCUCACAGGUGGGAGCUGCGGCCAAGGCUGCCUGGCUGAGCUGCUGCAACCAGUCCGGCCUGCCACUCGGACCCCCGGAGGGGCCACGCAUGGUGCAGGCAGUCGUGCUGGGCGUCCUGUCACUUUUGGUGCUCUGUGGGAUCCUGUUCCUGGGUGGUGGACUACUCCUCCGCGCUCAGGGCCUGAUAGCCCUGCUGGCCCGAGAAAGGCAUUCAACCCCCGAGGCUGAGCCUGGUGCCUGUGGAGGGGAUGAAGCCUCCUAGGUGUCAGCUGCUCUUGAGAUUCAGCCCGUUCUGUGCCACGCCAUCCAGAGUUCAUUUCUGUGAGGCACAGCAGAAGGUCCAACCCACAAGCUCUUGUUUCCUGCACAGGUGCUGGACAUCUCCCCUCGCCUGCCGCCCACCCGCACCCUAUUUGUGCUUGUGGUGAUGGACUGAAGACACCAGACCGGUGACUCCUCAUCCUGUCUCCGAGCUGCUCCCGACACUCCUGGGGUGGGCGCAGGAGACUCCCGCUCAGAACAAGUGAGUCUGCUUGGUGACUGCCCUGUGCCAUGGGCACUGGCUUUACACCCCAACUGCGUGGACACGAGUGUGCCCUCUGCACACCAAGCUCUGUGGACACGAGUGCAGCUCCUGUUUUGCCUGAUGCGGUAUCUGACAACCCAGUGACCUAUUGCUGUUGAGAACCUGGGAUACUAUUUCCCAUCUGGAGACUGCGUCAGCCAUCCAGCAACACACCAUCGCUUUCCAUGGCUUUGCCAUUAAAUAGGCCAGUAACGCAGUUCUGAGUGUGUGGUCUGUUUCCAGCCCUUGACCCUUGGGAAUCUUGGUUUCCUUCCUCAUCUUCCCUCAA